ACAUUUCCCAGUAUGCUCUACUACACCUCACGACGUCGUGUCACGCAUGUGACGUCCUGUGGCUUGUUUUGGCCGUUUGUUUCCAUAUCCGGCUCCAGAGCUUGUCCUCAUAUAACUAAGAGGGCCCGGUGUGUGUGUGUGUAUGGGUGUUGGUGUGCAGCAGAGAGCGAGAAGGUGGGAGACUCAGGGAGUCCGGCUGGUGUUCUUACCAUGGCUGACAACACCGGUGAUGAUGAUGAUGUCAUUCAUCUGGGCAGCUUCAGCGUACACCACAGCCAAGAUAACACAUCAAGAAGGAGGACCUACAUAACUAUAUCUGAUGAUUCCGACGACGAGCUGGACGCAUUUAGACCAAACAUUCCUGUGGUGGUCAAAGACGAGGAGGAGGACGACGACGAAAUUAGCAUUUUAGAGGCCCGGGUGCCGCCUCGCCGUGUACUGAUCCGACCUGCUGCUCAAUGGGGAGGCAGCACGUCCCAAAGCCAGCCUCCGAACCCCAAGGACUCGCACUUUCCUCACUCUUCAGUAGCACCCGCUCAGCCAGCAUCAGGAAAUCAAGCCAUUGGUGUCUUCACUACGGACCAGAACGCCGUACCUUCCACAUCUAAAGGCGUUGUUUUGCUCAGACCUCACGUUUCCAUUAAAGGCACGCCGUCUCAACUCGGCGAUCCUUUGCCCAGCACUCAGCAGGCCGGUCAGGGCACGGCUCUUUUCACCCCUGCGAACACUGAGGUACUGGGUGUAAAAGUGGCAGUGGUGAGUCCGCACAGAACUGAAAGGUACGCCGGGGCUGUAGUCCCAUUUCCCCCUCAGGAACGGCCAACGGACACACCCCAGCCCUCACACACAGCGCAGGAGCCUGAGGAGCGGCAGCAGCAGGAGAUUCCCCCGCUCUUCCCUGCUCGCUUCGCUGGAAACGAGAGGCCUGGUCCAUCUACAGCCGCCGAGCCUCCAGCUCCAGAUCCCCAAACAGCUCAGCGGGACAGUCUCAACUUGCUCGUCACACGAGUGGUGGACCUUUUCCCAGACGUUCAAGAGCCGUAUGUGGUGGAACUGAUCGAGAGGAGUGAAGAGAGAGAUUUAAAUGUAAUAUGCAAUAUGCUGUUGGAGGAUCCGGAAUAUCAGAGGAACGCCAACUCUGUAUUAACUCAGAGAAGUGUACUCCUUGAGACAAAUGACAACGAAACACAGGAAACUGAGAACUAUUUCGAUUAUUGGAAGUUAAAUCGUGUUGGCCCAGAGGUCGCAGUACAAGCUGCGGAGAUGCUGAUGGGAGACUUCAGGAUGCUGAGCUGCCAGGACCUCAAAUGGGCGCUGAAUUGCCUCAAAGGACACUAUGCAAUCACCCGCAAGGCCUUAUAUGAAGCCCUUAAGAAGUGGCAAGAAAACUCUACUGACCCCUCAGGGAAGAGGAAGAAGAGAAAAGAGCCGAACGAACGAGCCUUUAUCGAAUUCAAGUUUGAGCAAGGUUCCUUCAAACUGGAGAGGAAAAUGUUCUUUCUCGAGAAAAACCGGAGAUGGUGCAGGAACUUCGACGUGCCGCUUGAGCCUUCUCUAAAGAAAGAGCUUCAGUUUUAUGAUCAGAAAGCAAAGGAAAUGGCUGAGCAUGAAGAUUUCCUGCUGGCCUUGCAAGUGAAUGAGGAGCAGUAUCAGAAGGAUGGUCAGCUGAUCGAGUGUGGCUGCUGCUGUGGAGAAUUCGCCUUUGAGGAGAUGACCCAGUGCAGCGAUGGCCAUCUCUUCUGUAAAGAGUGCCUGGUGAAGUACGCGCAGGAGGCCGUGUUCGGGACAGGACGGUCGGAGCUGAGCUGCAUGGAGGGCAGCUGUACCUGCUCCUUCCCUACCAGUGAGCUGGAGAAAGUUUUACCGGAGAACAUCCUGUGUAAAUACUACGAGCGGCAGGCCGAGGAAGCCGUGGCCGCUACCUGUGCGGACGAGCUGGUCAGGUGUCCGUUUUGUAACUUCCCUGCUCUCCUUGACAAAGAGAUUUCUCUCUUCAGCUGCCCCAAUCCCCGCUGCAGAAAGGAAAGCUGCCGGAACUGCCACGUACUGUGGAAGGAGCAUGCAGGAAAGACAUGCGAGCAGGUGCUGGAGAGGGAUGAGAUCCGGCUCCGGGUGGCUUUUGAGGAGAGGAUGACGGCGGCCCGCGUCCGGAAGUGCCAUAAGUGUUCGACGGGGCUCGUCAAGUCGGAGGGCUGCAACCGAAUGUCGUGCCGCUGCGGCGCCUUCAUGUGCUACCUCUGCCGCGACCCCAUCAACGGCUACAACCACUUCUGCCAGCACGCCCGCUCUCCCGGCGCCCCCUGCCGCCAGUGCAAGAAGUGCUCGCUGUGGACAGACCCCACGCAAGAUGAUGAGCGAAUCAUCCAGGAGAUCCAGAAAGAAGGUGAAGCUGAACUGAACAAAAAGAACAGUCAGUCAGAUUCGGCAGGUAAAAGAGUGGGUCCUCCUCCUGACCCCAACCCUCCAAAGAGGACACGGGCGGACCUGGCUCCAGCCCCAGCCCCCAACGCUGCUCCACAGGCCGUCCGCCCCCCUCUGUUCCUCCCUCAGGUGCUACUGCCCGGCCACCAGCGGCUCUUCUUGCCGCCCGUCGCUGCUCCCUACGUGCCCCAGCUGCCCAACCUGCCCCCUCUUAACUACAACGUUCCCAACGCCAACUUUGAUUUCAACAUGCCUAUGCACUACGGCCCGCCACAUCGCUUCUUUAGGCCUCUCUGAACAGCAUGUGAUAGUGAGAACUACAGUUGGACUAAAACGUGUUGUUGCCCCAGACUCUAGUAUCUUAUAACCUCAGCCCCUCACUCUUUUUACCUUUUAUUUUUUUUAAUUAAAUUGUUUUCAGAGAGUUUUUUUUUUUUUUUUCUUUUCCCUAGAGUGUGGAAAAACUGCAGGGGGAAAACUUACUCAGCUUGCUUCAGUCUAUUUCUUUUCCUUAUUUUUCAGGCAAAUCACUGAAUGCUCAUGCACACAAAAUAAUCUGUCCAGCAGUUUUCAUUUGAAUAAAGAUAUAUUGGGUGGACUUUCUGUUUGUAGAUUUGGUUUUUCUUUGUUUUGUUUUGUUUUUGUUUUUUUUUAUAAGAAUUUCGUGAAGCCGGUUGUGAAAAAGCAGGCUUUGAGCAUAACCUGAAAUAAAAAGGUACAGCCACUAGUUAUUUCUUAAUGAUGGGUUUUUAGGGCUUGUCAUCGUUUAGGAUUAUCAAUGUUGUAAGCUUUAGAGCUUUUUUUUUUUUUUUUAAAAAAAACAACAACAAAAAAAACCUGAUUUUCUGCUUUGUUGUUUUGUUGAACUUUGGCCCGUGCGUCCAUUUACGAAUCAAAACUGGUAACAUGAUAACAGCCACUUUGACUGUCGCAGCUCUUUUCCUUCCUCAUGCUCAUUUUCCACCGAUCUCUUCCUGCCAAACUUCAUCUGAAUCCUCGGUAUGAAUCUAGUCCUACACUGUUCCUCUUUAGUUUCUGUGAAAUAUUUUUUUGCAUGUUGGUCUGAACUUCCUUUCUUUGCUGUAUUUCACGGAAGAAACGGAGUUGCCUUUUUUUCACAAUGUACGGAAUGAAACACGACGGGGCGUGCUGUAUGAAUAACAUCGACAGCGGGGUGGUGCGAUGACCCUCGAUACCAUCCGAAAGUUUCAUAUUUUCUAACAGCUGCACAUCCUGAAGUGUUUCAUUCCUCUUAUACCACAGCGACUUCUCACAUUUUGCUUUUAUUUGUUAAUGAACAACACACCAUGCUUUUUCAGCCAGUUCUAGCUACUGUUAAUGUUGUGGCGCAUCUGCAAAACAACUUGGUUCCUGUUAUCACUUGUGAUCUAACGGCUAUAAACGAUCCUUCCCUCACCA